CCAUGGGGGGCGGGGAGGGAAGCGCGGAUCCCCGAGAGGUGGAGCUGCCGGGGGGAGGUUCCGGGGAGGGUCCCGGCCCGCCGUUCGGGGCGGAGCCGUACAGGGGAGGGAUGGCGGUUAGGGGGGGCGGGGCUGCCGUUAGGGGCGGGGUUGCCAGGCUACCGGCGGUCUCUGCCUCCUCCCAGGAUCGAGAGAGCGCGAUGAGCAAUCAUUCGACCCCGCCCUUCGACCCUCGCUUUCCCAACCAGAACCAGACCCGCAACUGCUACCAGAACUUCCGGGACUUUCACCGCUGUACCAAGAUCAUGAAGAGGCGGGGCAAGGACUCCAGCCCCUGCGUCUACUACCGCAAGGUCUACCACUCCCUGUGCCCGCUCAGCUGGGUGCAGCGCUGGACCGACCAGAUCCGGGAGGGGACGUUCCCCGGGAAGAUCUGAGGGGCCCCCCGAAAAAUCCUCGCAGCCGGCAGGCUUAACAAGAAGACUUUUAUUAAAAAACCAGUUGCAAACUGCCCGUCA